CCGUGUGUGUGUAUAUACGCGUACUUAGACGACUCUUAGAUUAAUUGCUUCGUAUCAAAUAUGGCGCAAAUGAUGAUACCUAGAAUUGCACUUUUAUCUAUUAAGAAUAGUAAUCGGCUAAUACCUCGAAUAUUUGUGCCGUUAAAAUAUCAACGAUUAUGUUUCCAUACAAGUUGGGUUCUCGAUGUCACAGGAAAGGAAGUCUUAAUGCCUUCCUUGUCACCUACUAUGGAAAGUGGUACUAUUGUCAAAUGGUUAAAAAAGGAAGGUGACAAAAUUGAACCAGGGGAUGCGCUCGCUGAUAUCCAAACUGAUAAGGCAGUCGUUACUAUGGAAGUUGACGAUGAGAGUGUUCUUGCAAAAAUAAUUGUGCAAGAAGGAACCAAAGAUAUCAAAGUAGGAACAUUAAUAGCACUUACUGUUGAUGUAGACGAAGAUUGGAAAUCCGUGGAAAUGCCAGAUAGCGUUUCAGCUACACCUGCAGCUCCAUCAUCAACACCCUCUGCACCAACAGCAGCAACAGCGGCACCUACUGCGAGCACAUCAGCUCCACCACCUCCUGGCCAAACAAAUGUCAGUAUGCCAGCACUAUCACCAACUAUGACUACAGGUACAAUUGUAAAGUGGCUUAAAAAGGAAGGAGAGGAGAUAGAACCGGGAGAUGCACUGGCAGAAAUUCAAACGGACAAAGCUGUUAUGACUUUUGAAAUUGAGGAUGAAGGCGUAUUUGCAAAAAUCCUUGUUCCUGAAGGAAGUCAAGUGGAAGUAGGACAAUUAAUUGCCAUUAUGGUAGAAAAGGGAAUGGAUUGGAAAAAUGUUGUUAUCCCGACAACUACAAAACCAUCUGCAGCUACUGCACCAUCUGCAGAAGCUGCUCCAGCUUCAGUGACUGCAGAUAAAACACCUGUACCAAGCGGACAAGUUUAUGGUUUAGCAGUAAAGCGAUUGUUGGAGGAAUACGGGUUAAGUGCACAAUCGGUCAAAGGUACUGGACGACCUAAUCGAUUACUAAAAAGUGAUGUUUUAGCGUAUAUUCAAGCAAAUAAUUUAAAGAAAGUUGCACCAAAAACAGCUGCACCUAAACUUGAAAAAGGUAGAAAAGAACCAGGCGAUGUACCUUCAAAAGCACAUGUACCUAGUGGCCGUCCUUCCACGUAUGAAGAUAUCCCAGUUUCUAAUAUACGUGGUGUUAUUGCUAAGAGACUCGGAGAAUCAAAAAGUAAUAUUCCACAUUCUUAUGCGUUCGUCGAUAUUAAGAUUGAUAAACUAAAUGAAAUACGUAGCGAACUAAAAGCUGACGGUAUUAAAGUCUCGAUAAACGAUUUCGUUACGAAAGCAACCGCACACGCACUAAUCGAAUGCCCAUUUAUUAAUACGUUGUAUCAAAACGAUCAAAUAAUUCGUAUGCCAAGGGUGGAUAUCUCUGUCGCUGUUGCUACAGAAACAGGUCUUAUUACACCAAUUAUUUUUGAUACUUCAGCUAAAAGUGUAGCAGAUAUUUCGCAAAAUAUUAAAGAACUAGCCGAGAAAGCUAGAAACGGUCGAUUAAAACCUGAAGAAUUCCAAGGAGGAACAUUCACAAUAUCCAAUUUGGGAAUGUUUGGUAUUAAACAAUUCAGUGCAAUCAUAAAUCCUCCUCAAACUGCAAUACUUGCAGUUGGAAGUGGUCGUGAGGAACUAGAUGCCGCGCUACAAAAAAUAACAAAAAUGUCAACAACUUUAUCGUAUGAUAGGCGUGCAAUUGAUGAAGACCAAGCAGCCGACUUUUUGGCUGUUUUAAAAGCUAUGUUAGAAGAUCCAAGUUUUCUCGUCGCUGGAAGAUUACGAGCGCUAAGAUACGCACAGAACUGACCUUUAAUUAAACGUUAAUUCUGGGGAAUUUAUUGAAAAAGUGGGUGUAUUGAAGAAUUUAGGUUUCAAUGUAAAUUUUAGUUUUAUCUACAACAUGAAUUAAAAAUAUUGGUUUAGAAAUAGAUCUGAAAUAUUUAUAAUUUAAUUUAGGAAGUUGUAAACACAGAGAAUUAUAUUUAAAAUCAUUUAUAGUAGAUUCAAGUAAUAGAUCAGUGUCAUCAAUAUUAAAUGUCAUUUAUAUCAAAUGAAUUCAUAUAUGAUAACUUUGUUUAUUAUAUGAAUUCGUUUUUCUAUUGCUGUAUUCUACAUUUCCCUCAAAUUUUAUAAUUGGUGAAAAUCCUUGUUAAAAAAUCUUGUGCAAUGUAUCUACAAAAGAUAUGUUAUCCCUUUUAUGGCAAAACCAUAAGUUAUUAAAUUUUCACUUUUUUUUAUUAAAGAAAUGAGUUGAGUAUCUUCUUAUUCUCAGCCAUAUAAAUUAAAAAAAUGAUUGUUAUAACAAACACAGUAUAAUAACGUAUGAUUAUAUUCGUAUUAACUUUAUUCAUUAUCGUCAGCAGUAUCAAGUAAUAAUUUUACGUUCAAUUGUAAAUUUCUAUAAUCUAUCGAAUCGUACAUUCAUGAUGAUCCGGCAUAAGACGGAUAACAUAUGGUCAAUAUAAGAAGUUAUAGGAUGGUGUAAAAAAUUGGAAAAAGAUAAAAAAUUGGUAUAUAGAUAGAGAAUGAGAGAGAUCUUUCCAUCUCAAAACUAGCAAAUAAUAUAAAUUCUUAUGAAUUUAUUUAAAUUAAUUAUAAAUAUAAUAUCUCGGAUACACGUAAUUUACUUCUGCAUAAGUAAAUAGAUAACUUCUAUAUGAAUAUUUAUUCUAAUAAAACAAGGGCCACACUGUUGUUACUUCUUUCGUAUGAAAUAAUAAAUAUGCAUAUUUAUUCUGCGUAAUAAAAAUUACAUUAUUUUACGUAUAUUAAUAUGUAAACAUUUAUAUAAAUAUAAUGUAAAUAUAUUUAUGUGUAUAAUGAAUUUUAUUUUAAUAUUAAGAAUAUUAUGUAUAAUUGAGAACUUCAGUGUGGUCUAAGGAAUUCUUGGGGGCAGUAGUAUGUACAAAAUUAUAACUAUGUCUUGUAAAUAAACCAUUUAUUGUUAAAACGA